AUGGCUCUAAAGUACGAAUUAGAACAAUGGGGGGCAGCUGUCAAAGCUUAUGAUGAACAAGAUUUCGACCUGGCCUUGGAUACGUUCGAGACCAUAGCAGAUUCGGCAAAAUUUCAUUUUAAUAUGGGCUUAAUUUAUGCUACACUUGGCGAGCAUGAAGAAGCG